CAACCAAAAAUAACGAUGCUGGAACCAGCUUCUCAAACACCCAAUUACCUAAUCCGACCGUUCUCACCGCCAGCACCUUCGCUGCUUCUUCCCCCACAGCCACCGCCACCGCCACCACCACCUUCUCUAACGCGCAUCUACUCCGACAAGUUAUUGUCUUUGCUAUCCGAAAAAUCUUCCCUCAGAGUGACUUCGGAGUUUGACAGUGAUAGCCGCGUGUUCUUUCAGAGGGUCUCGUGUAAGCUGUUUGACGACCUCGCCAGGCUCAACCUUUCCUUCAUCAACAACGGCAAACGCGAGAUCUUGGAGCCACAGUUGAUGUUAUCGUCAAGAUAUUUGUCCAUCCACUACGAUCCUGAAGAACAAAAUGCCCUUAUCCGGACCUCCUUCGAUGUGGGUUCUAAGUUGUAUUUCAAUGUUGCACAUGAUGUCAAGGCUCAACAAGGUGAGGUGUCAAUGUAUGCAGACCUACCCCAUCCCGGCUAUGGUAUCCAAUUAUCAUCUCCCGUUCCAUCUGUUGGUUUGCCUAGAGCGACAAUUAGAUUCCCCAUGGGUGAAGUUACAGUUGAGGAGAGAGACCAGGAGGACGUACCAAGAACAUUGACAAUGAAGGGAAUUCUUAGAGGUCAAAUUUUGAAUGGGGUCUGUUCUGCACAUUAUGUGAACCAACAACUGAAAUUAAGAUACAUAUAUAAGGAUCGGUUAAUGAAAUUUAUUCCUAGCAUUUCAAUACCUUCGAAUGCUGUAUCAUUUGCAUUCAAGCGACGUCUUACUCCAACUGACAAAGUGAGCUACUGGUACAAGCUUGAUACAAACAAUUGGAGUGCUGUGUACAAGCACAAAUAUGAGAAAUACAUCAAGUUCAGGGCUGGAUAUGAUUCAGAUUUUCGUCGUGGCUGGGCUUCCAUAUGGGUCGGAGAUGAAAACGGCAAGGCGAGGAACGCUGCGAUGAAGAUGAAAGUUCAGUUUAUGUUACAGGUACCACAGGAUGACAUUCAGUCAUCAACGCUGAUGUUCCGUGUUAAAAAGAGAUGGGAUAUAUUGUAGUCCCACGGCUCUUGAAUCAUCCUCGUCUGGUUUCUCAUACGUUCUCUUUAUAUUGCAUAGUU